GUUUGAAAUAUUUACGUCCUAUAAAAUACAUAUUUGAUUCUUUAUUCAAGGAUAAAAUGGUCUCGAUGUGCUAGAAGCACUUUGCUGCUUCUCGUGCUCGUUUAUUGUUAGUUAGCUUAGCUCGCUAGUUAGCUUAGCUUGUUAGCUGCUAACAGAAGUUAUCAACACAUCGCUAAGUAGAGAUCAAGUGUGAGAGUAAAGUGUUGUGAUUGUGUGAAAAUGUCUACAUUACACAUGUUGAGAGCGUUGGUGGAUCAGCGACUAACUGCUGCCGUUGAAGAAAUAUUUGUAGUGUUAGAAAGAACGAUAGCAGAAUACGAGGCGGAACUUUCUAGAACAAAGGAGCAGAACAAUCUACUAUUGGACGCUGUUUUCAAGAAACAUCAAGUUGUGUUACACAGAACAGAUGUCCAGCAGCCCCCCCACGUUAUAGAGGAAGAGGAGGAUCCACAGACCACCCAAAUUAAAGAGGAAGAGGCGGAUCCACAGCCCACCCACAUGAAAGAGGAAGAGGAGGAUCCACAGCCCACCCACAUGAAAGUGGAAGAAGAGGAUCAACAGCCCACCCACAUGAAAGAGGAAGAAGAUGAUCCACAGCACACGCACAUUAAAGUGGAAGAGGAGGAUCCACAGCCCACCUACAUGAAAGAGGAAGAGGAGGAUCCACACAUGAAAGAGGAAGAGGAGGAUCCCCAUAUGAAAGAGGAAGAGGAGGAUCCACACAUGAAAGAGGAAGAGGAGGGAGAGUGUGUUGUAGAGCAGGAGGAGGAUGAUGUCAGCAAGUUUCCACUGACUGUUGUCUCUGUGAAGACUAAAGAGCAUGAAGACAAAGCACCUGAGUCCUCACAGCUUCAUCACAGUCCAAACAUCCAGCAGCCCCCUCACAUGAACGAGGAAGAGGAGGAUCCACAGCCCACCCACAUGAAAGAGGAAGAGGAGGAUCCACUCAUGAAAGAGGAAGAUGAGGGAGAGUGUGUUGUAGGGCAGGAGGAGGAUGAUGUCAGCAAGUUUCCACUGACUGUUGUCUCUGUGAAGACUGAAGAGCAUGAAGACAAAGCACCUGAGUCCUCACAGCUUCAUCACAGUCCAAGUAAGCACAUAUCAUUUUAUUCUCAGGGCAUUCAAUCCAUCACAACUGGACUGUUCACUUUGUCUUAGAAGACUCAUCCAAGAAGGCUUCAUCACUUCAUGCUCAUACACUUCAAGUCUUAAAUCUAAUCCUUGGAAUUUAGAGGGGAACUGCACUUUUUUGGGGAAUUUUUUCUAUCGUUCACAAUCAUUAUAAAAGACAUGAUGGUGGAUAUAGUUAAAAAAAAAAAAUCACAUUCUAACUAGGGCUACUAUGGCUUUUUAUUAUUAUGUGGAUAUGUUUAGGCCAUGUCACAAUACACCA